AUGCAUCACUCAACACGGCCAUCAUAUAGGGGCUAUGACCCUGUUCAAACCAAAGAGACAGGUUCACUUGACGAAGAAGGCUCUUCAGAUUCAGAAAUUACUGAACCUAGGUCGAAAGAGCACCGAAGAUGGAACCUUUCAUACUUCAUGGUUUACAUACUACCGUGGACACUCACAGUGAUAUUCGCGAUUUGGACAGCCUUUCUCGCUGCCAAAGUACAUGCUCAAUCUCACUUUGGAACGUAUGAAACGAACUUUAGGACCGACUUCUCUUUACCAAUACAAGUCCCACUGGAGGAAGUUCAGUUUCGCGGCAGUCCACACUUCUACCACAAUGGUACACCAUGGAUGAAAGAUCCAGAUGAAAUAGCACCAUGGCCAGAAAAUGUGCGAUACGUUGGUGAACCAAGCCAUGAGAUCGAUGAGAACUGGCAGAGGCUGAUUGGCAAACGCUACUUCUCAAUUUCGGAAGAGGAGGCUAGAAGAGCCUGGGGAAAUAAACGGCAUGAGUUUGUCGAUCAGAACAUGGGAGGCUAUACAGCUGGGUUCGACAUGUUUCAUACGUUGCACUGCAUUAACGAGCUUCGCAAGGCGUUGCGUCCCGAGUACUACCCCCCAAAGUCUCAUACGCUUCAUGGAGCGCUUCACAACGGCAAGUAUCUCAAUAUGCGACACAUCUCCCUUAGUGACUAA